GGCCUGGCCUGGCCAUCGAGAUAGAAAUACUCGUCUAGCAACUAAAACUCGCCCACCAUCAACGCUACGCACGUGCAAGCAUCAAAUUCACGAUACAACCCCACCACCACUCACCCCUCACCACCAAACAAAGGACACCACGAACAACACCAAAAUGUCCGACUCAAUCCACCCGCCGCUCCCCUCCACCCUCCUCCCGCCGCUGCUGGCACACAUCCCCAGCACCCUCACCUCACCCACGCCACCGGAGAGCCUAUAUCCGCUCCUCACGCACCUUCUCCGCAGCCGAGUCAAGCUCCUCAGCAGCCCCAACAACUGGGCCUCGCUGCUGACCUGGAACGCCACGCACGGGGCGGCGCUCGUCUCCCACCUAUCGACCCUCGACCUGACCCCCCACCCAUCCAGCGGCGAGCUGGAGCUCGGCCACGCCCAGCUCAACGGCAUAAAGCGGCUGGACGAGGAAACCCUCAACGCAUCGCUGGAACUCGCCGACUGGGGGCUGACAGUGAUCUACACAUGGUCACCCAACGACCCCGAGGGCGAAGACGAUGCGUGGCGGGUGCUAGACGUGCACGCCUCCUCGUGUGCAGAGGACACAGCCUUAUGGCACGCCACCGUUGCAGCGGCCGAGGAGGCAUUUUCCGCCUCGCGCUCCACCGGCGGCCGGAAGCUCUCUGACGCCACGCCGCUGCUGCCUCAAGAGGCGGCGGCGCAGGGCGAGGAGGAGGAGGACGACGACGACUACUGGGCGAUGUACGACCGGUCCUCUGCCGCCACGCCGGCGGCCAAGGAGCUGCCCAACCCGCCGAGCGAGGAGGCGUAUUUCAGCCAGUACGACGAGGUCGUCCCCGCGCUGGACUCGAGCAUCUACAGCGGCUCGGCGGACAGCGAGGUGCACACGAUGGCGACGUCGCCUACGUCCUCGCCUCCGCACGCACCAAGGCCACUGUCGGCGGGGUCGGCGGGGUCGGAUGGGAAGCUCGCCGCGAGACUCGAGGAGCAGGCGCAGAACACGGGAAUCCAGGUCGAGAUCGCGGUAAAACAACAUAUCUCGACGAGUUUGAAGAGCAUGUACCGCCUGGCAAAGCAGGCGGGCAUCGGCCGCGAGGAGUUUGCGGGAAUUAUUAAUACCGAGGUGUCGAUGCUUAGUAUGAUGGAUGAUGACGAGUGAUGCCAUGUAGUCUGUCUGUUGGUUGUAUUUUUAUAUGUGCGCCUGCCUGCGUCUGCUUGCGUUGGAGUUCUUCAUUCACCUGCCUGUUGAUUGUCUUUUGGGUUUCAUUUGCAUUCGGGGGAGUUAUCAACAUGCUUUUGUAUUUCAUUCUCUGGAUUGGGCUUGUUCUGAUGUUCAGCUUCUUGUUUUCUUGCAUGCUUGUUAGUCAUGGGACCGUUCACUUUUCUACUGUAGCAUAUCCAAUCAGAGUAACCGUGAUAAAGUAC